AUACAGGUGCGCGGCGUCGAGUACGUGGGCACCCGUUCGGAUGCCAUGGGCGUGAGCCUCGAGCUCGACGUCGCGUGGCCCGGCCGAGCCAAGAUCAAGCUCAACGCUAAAUCCUCCGUCCUUGGUUCGAUCAUCAUCGCGGUGAAGGACGUCGAGGUGUACGCCAAGGUUCGGGUCACGCUGCAACCCCUGAUGCCCACGUUGUGCCCUUUCGGCGGCUUGAUCAUAACCCUGACGGAGAAACCCGCGGUGGAGUUCGAUCUGGACCUGCCGCUGGGCCUCGAGGGCACCGUCACCGCAAUCGUGGAGGAUUUCGUCGAGAAGUUACUCUCGGAGAUUCUCGGCGAGGCGCUGGUGUGGCCCGAGCGCAUCGUGAUCCCGAUCGCGGACGAGGAGGAGCCCCUGAAGAUCCCCAACGGCGAGACGGUGACGCACCAGUGGUACGUCGACAACGUCCUGACUCUCCGCAACACCGGCUUGGUGUGCGUCACGGCCAAACGCGCCGAGAACGUCGUCGGCACCGACUUGAUGUCCAAGGCGGACUCCUACGUCCGCAUGUACGUCAAGAGCAAGGGAAAGGGCAAGACCAACACCGAGGUGAUCGACAACAACAACGACCCCACGUGGAAUCACACCGUGUACAUGCUCGUGGACGACAUGAACGAGCGCAAGCUCACGGUGGCCGUCAUGGACGAAAACUCUCCUCUGCCCGACGUCGUCAUCGGCGAAAAAGUCAUCGACCUCAAGUCCCUCAACCUCAUCCCCAACGAGAGCGAGGAGAUUUGGAUCGAUUUCCCGGAGACGGAGAAGCGCAACAGGUCGUAUAAGCGCGGCCCAAUGCGUCUGCUGCUGGACGUCACCUACAUUCCCUUCGACGCCACCGCCGCGUCCAUGCCGUUGUCGCCCGAGACGAUGCACAGGACGAGGUCGGCGACGCUCGCCAAGCUCAAGGGGAUCGGCAUGCUCACCUGCGUGCUCGUCAAGGCGACGGGCGUUAAAGCCGCGGACCGCAGCGGAACCUCGGACCCGUACUGUAAGCUCUCCAUGCCCCCAGGCCUCGAACCCGGCGGCAAGCAGAACGGAAAGCCCAUCAAGCACAAAUCCAGGGUGGUUGACAAGACGCUCAACCCCGAGUGGAACGAGACGUUUGAGUUUGUCGGGGUCAAGGAGAGCGGCGUGCUCACCGUGGAGUGCUACGACAGGGACGUCGCGAUGAUGGGCAUGGGUAAGAGCAAAGACGCGCUGGGCGUGAUCGAGGUUAACGUGAUGGAGGACGUCAUCAAGGCGGCGACUGCGAACGAGUGGGGUCUGACGGAGGUUGAGAGGGAGUUUGCGCUCAAGGGGGAUAAGACGAUCACGGGGACGGUGACGAUGAAGCUGAUUUGGCAGCCGUUCGCGUGAUGAGGGCGGGGAAGCGAGUGUAGCAUUUGUGUCGUGUCGUGCUUGUCAACGUGAGAUGCAUUCUACGGAU